AUGGCGGGCUCUUCGGAAUCGAACGAUACCGAUAUGUCGGACGACGAACCUAUCGAAUACCUCGCGACCGCGCGAGCGAAGCGAAGCACAGCGGGAAAGCACAUGGGCUCCUUGAUCGAUGCGGAGGCGGACGACGACUUGGCUUUGCUCUUUGCCGAGGAUGAAGAGGAUGAAGAGUUCACGUUCGGCGAAGAGGAGGGAGACGAAAUAGAAGGCGAAGGCGAACCCGAAGCCGCCGCAGGCGACGACGCAGACGACAUGCAACUGGAUUCCUCGUCCGACGAAGAGGACCAGGGCCCAAGUGCACAAGUUGACGAGCUAGAGGGCGAAAAGGAGCUGGAAAAGGAAGCCAAAGCGGACCGGUUGGCAAAGAAACGAAAAGCACACGACUCGCUGCGAUUGACCGCAUUGAGGAAGAGAGUCAGAAUAGACCCGAGCGCCGCGUCCCAAUCGCUUUCAAAAUCCGCGUCACGGUACCGGAAAAGGUCCGAACGAAUAUCCUGGCUACCAGCAGCGGACGACGGGCCCACUCGAUCCUCGUCGCGCAAGCAGACGAUUCGAAACAAAGAGCUUACGCACGCCCGAUUGAAGGACAGUGAAAAGAAGCGCAUCCGGCUGAUUGCUACAAUGGAGGAGGCGGCGAAACGCAAAGAGCACAACAAGCCCAAGCGGAUGACGCAAAUGGAAAAACUGGCGGAGGCGGAAAAGACGGAACGCGUAAACAGCAAAACUUUGAACCGAUGGGAGGAGAUGGAGAAGAAGCGGAGCGAGGAACAACAGGCAAAACUGGAGGCACUGCAGAAUCGUCGUCUGGAGGGGCCCGUCGCGACAUGGUGGAGUGGGCCAUCGAAAUGGGUAAAUGAUCGCCUGUCCCAGGUGGGCAUCAAGACAUAUUUUCGGUCGGAUAGUAGCAACCGAAAGAAACGGGCCAAGGAUACAGAGGGCGAAGAGCCGCCGAAUGAUUCCAAGCCGGAGGAGCCACCGCAGGAGGACGCUGCGGAAGAAGAUGCUAGACCAGAAGAGACGGCCCCAGAAACGGCCCCAGAAACGCCAGUUCCCCAAGUUGAAAAUAAGAAACAACUGCCUAAAAAUUAUUACGGUGAGGGUGUGGCAUUUCUGGACGGAAUCCAUAUCUACGCUUCUAUGGAGGAGGCCCAUCACCACCGCCCGCCAAAAGACGCGCCGUCGCCCACAGACAAAGAAGAACCGCAACGUGUUGCUACAAAUGGGACGAAACUUUCCGUGGCAACACCAAAAACAAACCCCACUGAAGACACCGCCGAAAAAGAAUCCCCAGCAACAGCCUCAACAACAGAGGCUGGACCGCCCUCGUCGAGCCCACAUGCUCCUGGCUCAAACUCGUCCGCGACCACAAAACCGCAUCAGCCACUCCUACAAGCCUUUCUCAAAAGUAGCCAAAACAAGAAGAGCGCAGAUGCAGCGUCCGCACCGUCCGCACCGAUGGCCCCGAGCCGGCCGGCCCUACCCGUGCCGAAAGUCGUCAUAUACACACGCAACUAUGUCAUUCUGCAGGAUUUCGACGAUGCAUCGUCCCAGGAUCGGAAUGACUACAACGUCCUGUUGAAUUCGCGCAAGCCGCAGAAGUUACAAAAGCCUACCCCCGAAUACUGCCCGGUGACAGGGCGACCCGGCCACUACCGGGAUCCGCAGACAGGCAUCUCGUACGCCGACUCGCAAGCAUACCGCGAAGUCCGCCAGGUGCUCACUGGGCGAUAUGCAUGGAGUGGAUUCCUGGGGUGCUUCGUGGGCCAGCUCGGGGCCGGUGCGCGGGGCGUGCCAGAGCGGUUCUUGGCCCCGAAUGCUGCACCGCCGAAAGAGUUUCUUGCGACACCAACAGGCACGAGGGCGGGAUCAGAGUCCGAGUCGGCUGUGGGGGAUGGCGCUGCUGGAGGGAAGGGCUAG